CAGAGUCAUCACUACAUAAUCGGCGAAGUCUUAGAAACUGAGAAAAAGGAAUGAAAUUCUUAAUGUGAGAUGGGAUCACCAGGAUAGCUUGGCUUGAAGGUUUACUAAACUCAAAGGAAAGAAAUAGCUAUCACCCCUAGUCAGAAUUGGCCUUAAAAAACUCGACAACUGAGAAAUAAGUUUACAUCAAGAAUUUACUGGUGGAUUGUAAAAUUUUAACAGAGCAACCAGCCUCGAACUCCCUGGUACAAUUUUUUCGCUAGGAAACCAAGAGAUAAUAAUGUCUACAAAAGAAAGUAUGGGAUAUCAGCCAUUUCAACCAAUUUUAAAUUCUAUUGGAAUUUACUGAUUAUUUGUUGCCAAAUUUAUCAACAGAGUAACUUCUAUUGAAAAUCAACCGAUAUCUAAACAAACAGUAUCAACUAUGACAGACAAUGUAGGGCAGGAGGACUCUGAAAGGCUUAAGAAAAUGGAAGGAGAGUUUAGAGCUACAAUUUUAGAAAGGGAUGAAGAGCUGAAAGAACUGAAGCAAAGCUUCCAUCAAAUGAAAGAGAGUUUGGACAGAGAAAUUCACACAAAACAUGAAGAAUUGAACCAAGUAAAAUUAAACUUUCAUGACAUGAAAGAGAAGGCCAAGUCGAUAAUUUCCGCAAGAAAUGAAGAGCUGAAUCAGUUAAAAUGCAGGCAGAAUGAGCAGAAAGAAAAAUUCAAAGCUCUUUGGGAAAGUAAAGAUCAAGAGCUGAGGGAGCUGACAAUGAGGCUUGCUCAUCUCAGUGAAAAUCUGAUGAAAAAGGAUCAAAGAAAAGUUGAAAACACUGUUGCUGCUAAUAGGCCCUCGGAAGUGGAAAAUGACUUCAAGGAAUUUUUUGAUAACGAGAGAAUGGAUGCGAUUGAUAAAAUGCAACAAGUCUAUGGAUCUGAGGAGGAGAGCGACAUCGGUAUCUCUUACCCUCGACUGGCCUGCAUCAUACUUGAGGCGGCCUAUGAACAGACGAUAGAGGUAAAAGAGUCAGCACUUCAUGUUUUCAAGGAAAUAAUUAAUAUCAUGAUUGAAGAAGCUCCGGAACAAGGACAAAAGUAUUUGUCUGUGGAAAAGAAUAAGCAAUUGUCAUACAGAGUCAAUUUCAAGAUGCCGACAUGCCGCCAGGAAAUGAAAUACCCGACUGAGGUUGUAGAUGCUCUCGUGCUUUCCUUGAAAGAAACUGCACACCUCUGCAGCCUUGAGUCCUUGGAGAAGGGCGUUCGGAAAAAAAUCAUGGAUAAGUGGGUAUCAUGGCUCACCGAGGAAAAAUCGUGUAAAUUUUCGUUCUCCCAUCGUAUGCUGUUUCAACUCAAGGACUACAUUCAGGCUUGCAUCCGUAUAACUUGGCGUAUGAUCAUCCAGGUUCCACCCAUGCAACUGGAGUAUAAAAGUACCACUUUGAAAAAUUUGCACAAGAAAGUUGGAUAUCACAAUGUUCCAGAAGUGUGUUCAAGGCCUCCUUCAAAUGGACAAGCGUCGGUUGUGGAUGAAAUUGCUUGUUACUUGUGGCCUGCCCUAUUAGAUGGAGGAGGAAGAAUCAUUCAAGCUGGAGAAGUCCUUUGUAAGGUGGAAGCCCAAGCGAAAUAGAAGCUGAAUUGAAAUAAAGUAUAUCAAGGGACAGAAAACAGCAACUCUGUCCCUUACAGAAAAGUUUUUUAAAAUGUUUAUCAUGAUGAAAUUAUUUUUGAUUUUAGUGUUUUUCCGUUGAAAUAUUAAAUGAGGCUCUUCUGACUUGACGAACACAUGAAAUGUUCGGUGGAAAAUAUAACCGAUCAUACGAUAUCUAGCCUUAGCCUCAUCUUUAGCAAAAGGAAUCUGCUUUAAAAGGUAGCAAAAUUAGAUAGAUCAUUCUGAAUCCCGUUCAGGAACUGUUGUAAAUGCGUAUUGGAAUGAGUGCAUCUCGGUGUUUCCUUACAUGUUUUAAGUAGAGUGAAAUCUAAUAGAAAUUGUAGCGUAAAAUUUGAUAUUUCUAUUGGUUUUGAAUAUAACCUAGUCCCCAGCGUAAACAUGUCACGGGACCUUUAUUUCUGGUUCUUUGUUUGGUUGGUCCGAGUUUUUGGUAUUUGAAUGUAGUUCUGCAUUCUCGGGAGGAAUCUCAGCUAGCAAAUUGUUGAACUUUUUUAGUAAUUACUGGUCUCUCUGGUAUCCACAAAUUACAAGUGCCAUAUCUUUGACUUUUUUCAGAACAGACUGAUUAAAGUUCUUUUAUUAUAAAAUAUUCUGGAGUGUCUUGUACUUGAUAAUGAUAGAACAAUUAAUGUGAUUCAAUCUUAUUUGUAGAUCAUAACAACAAUAUCAGCCCUUGUGAAAUUCUAUGGGUAGCGCACAAAAUAGUUUCUUACCAAUAGUUGAAAAUUCAGCCGCACAUAAAUCUCUUGAAAGACUUUUUUAUUUGAGAGAUAGACCCAUCUGCUUGUAUUUCCUCUAAACAUUUGUCGACGAAACGGCUUUAAGAAAGGUGUAAAGAAUUUAUUGGCUGAAUCCUUCUGUGUUACAAGGCUCAAUAUUCCGUUAGGCUCUAAAUCUCGAAACUCGCUGUUCUCUCUAUAAAACGCUGUCCGUAUUCAAGACUACCGUCAAGGUUCUGCUCUGUAAAACUCCCAAGUGUCACUAUAUCCUAUAUCACAAAACCACACCCGGUGUGGUAAAAUCAGAUAAUCACUAACUUAAUCAAAUUAAAUGAAUCUG